CCUGUACCAAUCACACAGGCUGUUAGUGUCUCUCUGUGUUUUGCUUGCCCUUUAGUGACCAUGAAGAUGAUGCUGAGUCUGGCUUGGCUGCUCAUAGCCAUAGCCCAUAAAGCUAAACCCUUCAUCUCUGAGCACUUUAAUGAGUGCCGGGAGUUUUUCUAUAAAGGACAGCUCCCUGACGGCUUUGAUGACAUUGCUCUCCCUCAUCAUAUUAAUCACCCAAACUUACCAGAUGGGAUAAAGGAGAGAAAUCUGGCCUCUCCAGCCUAUAUCUGCCAGCAGUAUAAGAAUGAUGAUCGCUUUGCUUCCCUGUAUGACAGAGGGAGGCGCGUGCCCCUCUAUUCUGCCUACAUCUUGGACAGGAGAUCCGCAUCUAACUGUAGUGACAGGAAAAACACAUUUGAUGUAGAACCUCAGCUGGUCGAUAGGGCGCUGAACAAAGCAAUGCUAAGAGAAUCAGCCACUACAAGAGAGAUACAAAUACACUUUAAAUUGAAGAACAUUCAAGAAGCCCAAGAAAGACUUAGAACAAGCCAAGCUGUAAAUGCUGAUUAUGGAAUCGCCGGCUUUCACAGAGGCCAUCUGAAUCCCGUGUGCCAUCAUGAAGACAAAGAUGCGCAGGAUGCAACAUUCACACUGACCAACGCGGUGCCGAUGGAUAGUAGUUUAAACCAAGGCCAGUGGAGAAUUUAUGAGAAGCAAAUGAUAGCGAAAGCCAGAGACUGUAACACUAUGUAUGUGGUUACUGGCAUUGUACCGGGUAAUAACUGGAUUAAGAAUGACCGUGUGAAUAUUCCCAGUCAGGUGUGGAGCGCUUACUGCUGUGUAGGUAAUAAUGACAAGCCAAUCGGGUCAGGGGCGGGGCUAGCGAACAAUAUAAACUAUUCUGUCACAGAGCUAAAUGUGACUGAGCUAGAGUUACAACUCCAACGUCUUAUACAGAAUAUUCCUUUUUCAAUAUUCCAUAAUAAGUGUUCAUAA